AUGACACGAUUGAUGUUACAUAAAAAGAAACGAAACUUUUUUGAUGAGUCAGAUGCACAUGAAUUACGAUGUUUAUUACUUAGAAUACUCGAUGGUUCGGCCUUUGCGUCCAUUUUCGGUUUUAAUCAAAUAUUAGUCGUGCGUGCUUCUAUGUCGAUAUUUUGCAGUACAUUCAUAUCAACGAACGAAUAUGUGCAACAUUAUUAA